CCAAACACAUCCUUGAUGGUUUAACUUUUAACAUUCUCAACGACCGAUCAUGUGUUUAGAAAUUCCCAUUGAACAGUAAUGUUUCGGCAGUUGGGCAAUUUCGUCAUUCUCAGUUUCUGACCAUCAUCGUUCUUCUCCCUCCUCUGCAAUCGGUCUUCUCUCAUGACUUCGCAAAGGAACAUCCAUCUCUAUACGCACCAUCAAAUGGUGAUCGAAAAGCUGCCCGAAGAUUUGCUCAUGGAGAUUCUGUGCAGGCUUCCGGUGAAGUCAUUGCUUCGAUCCAAGUCCGUCUGCAAAAACUGGUACUCUCUCAUCCAAAACCCUAGCUUCAUUUCCCUCCACCACAAUCGUGCCACCUCUAUCGCGGUCGCUGAAAACACCCACUGCCUCCUCAUUAAGCGAUCCCUCAACGGCGGCGAUGGUGGCAUUGUCUUGUCCUUUGUUCCCAAUGAAACCCCGAUUGAAGAUAUUGAUAUAUCGUCCACUGGUCUAGAUAUUGAAGGUCUCCAACUUUUGGGUCCUUGUAACGGUGUUGUUUGUCUCACCAAACUUGGGUUUAACUCCACCAUCGCGCUAUGCAACCCUUCAAUGAGAGAAUUCAGGGUACUUCCUCAACCUUCUUAUAAAAAAGACUACAUAAUCAACUUGGGAUUUGGGUUUGACCCCUUUAUGAAUGAGUACAAGGUGGUUAAGUUUGGUUACCGGGAUCCAGAUUUUAGGACCCGGGGCAUUGAUGAAAGAGUUGAAAUAUACGACUUAAGUACAGAUUCUUGGAGGGAAGUUGAUGCAGUGUCCCCUGUUGAGUUCGGUUUCCGCUGCUGUUAUGAUUCUUGCACAUCAUGGAAAGGGGAUUUUUACUGGUAUGCGCACUGCUCCGGUGGGGAUGGGGCAAUUAUUGUGUUUCGUAUGACUGAGGAGGUGUUCGAUGACAUGCCCCUACCAGAAGUUUGCUUGUCAGACUAUUCCUGCGAAAGGGAACUUUUCAUUAUGAAUGAUUCCCUUGCCCUGGUUCUUUAUCCAACAGGGUGGACACCUCCAUUGUUGCUUCCAAUGGAGGAUUUUUCAUUGGAGAAGUGCUUUGACAUAUGGGUUAUGGAUGAACAUGGUGGUGAGGUGUCUUGGACUAAAACAUUUACUAUCGGACCCCUCCAGGCACCCAACUUUGCGUUGGGAUUCCGGCAAAAUGGUGAGUUCCUUCUGGAGAGCGGCGGUGGACAGAUGAUGUCAUAUCACCUUGAUACCCGACAAAUAAAGGAGUAUCAAGUGUACGGUCGUUCUCCUCCACAAUGUUUACAAGUUCUUCCGUACACAGAGAGCUUGGUCUCAGUCAAGAGACACGAUGUGCAUGACGGACACGAUGAUUUCCAUCUGUAACUUGAUUAUGGGCUUCCUAUCCUCGUGAUUAAGAUGUUUUUGGUGCUGCACAACGGCCUUAUAAAGCCUUCUAGCCGGUUGUCGCUGUUUACUUUCUGCAAUAGAAAAAUUAAGAAGGUAAAUGACUGCAUGGUUGCCAUCAGCUAUUGAGAGGUCUCCUUGAUGCUUGACAGUAUGCUACCCAAAGGCAUUGAAAACAAAUUGAUAUUUGUUUAGGACUGCGACUGCAUGGAGAGAAAGGAGAGUUUGGAUUUCCAUUGCUUGGAACGUUGGACAAGGAUAGUGGUUUAUAUUAUACCUGUAGUUUACUUGGUUUCUUGGCUAUGUUUCAUAAUCAAGUUAGUCUUUGUCUACAAAUUUGGUAUUUAUCGUAUUCCUGACUUAGCAACUCUUAAUGUUUAGAAACAAGUGGUGGCUCACUAACCACUCACAAGUUGAUUCCGUGAGAAUCUGAUGAAUGCGAAAGUGGCCAAAGUGACCCGAAGCUCACCCCUGCCCCCAGUUCGUGCUAGGCGAGUUCGCAAUGGGAUGGAUCAAGUAGUGUAUUGGCUUGUCUUCCUCUGAAUCGAUUUCGUGGUUUGGUAUUAAAUCCCGUGUGAGCCAAUAUCAUAUCCUCCAAGUGCAAAGCCCUCAGUACUUGGUGGUUAGUAGCGCCCUGGGAACAUCCUAAUAGUAAUCACCACGUAUUUUUAGCGUGGUAUGUGUUACCCACUCAAACAAAUUCGGGCGGAUUAAACUGAAAGUAUUCUCUAGCCUUUAUUAAGUUUUGUUAAUGGGUCCAGUAUAGUUUCUUGUAGUUUUAUUUUCCUCUUGGGAAUUGUGUAACAUGAGAUUUGUUUUGGGCUUCUGUUUGAUUGUAUUAAUCGCAGCCAUUCUUUAACUUUGUACAUUGAUGCGAGAAUGCCAAAUGCAAUCUCUAUUUUCAUC